AUACCUUGUUUGUUCUAUUUAUACUAAAAAAAAAAAACUAUGGUACCUUCUACUCUUUCCCAAACUCCAGUCACACAAUUCCCACCUCUCUUUUUCUUAUGGUGUUUCGCCGGAUAAACAGUGCCAUAUUUCCCUCCAUUUACCUUCUGGUUUUGGCUAAUUUGGAUUCCUGAAUCCCACCCAAUGGCGCUGCUCUCAAUUAUCGUUUUCCUCCUCCAACUCAGUUAUCAUGUCAGAGUCAACUCGGAGCCGACUCAGGACAAGCAAGCCCUCCUUGCUUUCCUCUCCCAAACCCCACACUCCAACCGCCUCCAAUGGAACGCUUCCGCUUCGGCAUGCGACUGGGUGGGUGUCAAAUGCGACGACUCCCGCUCCUUCGUCUACUCGCUCCGUUUGCCCGCCGUCGACCUCGUGGGUCCGGUUCCGUCCGCCACAAUCGGUCGCCUCUCCCAGCUUCGGAUCCUCAGUCUCCGCUCCAACGGUCUCACCGGCGAGAUCCCUGCCGAUUUCUCAAACCUCACCUUCCUCCGCAACCUCUACCUCCAGAAAAACCAGUUCUCCGGAGAGUUCCCUCCGAGUCUCACUCGCCUCACUCGUCUCACUCGCUUGGAUCUCUCCUCCAACAACUUCACCGGUCAAAUCCCUUUUUCCGUCAACAACUUAACCCACCUCACCGGCCUCUUCUUGGAGCACAACGGCUUCUCUGGGAAAAUCCCCAGCAUCACUGCCAAGCUCGUUCGCUUCAACGUUUCCUUCAACCGCCUCAACGGUUCCAUUCCGGAGACGCUCUCCUCUUUCCCCGACUCCUCAUUUGCAGGAAACGUAGAUCUCUGUGGCCCGCCGUUGAAGGCCUGCAACCCCUUCUUCCCGGCUCCGGCGCCGUCUCCCUCCUCCAAUUCGACCCCGACCAAGACGCGUAAGAAGUCCAAGAAGCUCUCCACGGGCGCCAUUGUCGCAAUCGUUGUCGGGUCCGUUCUCGUCGCGGCGUUGCUGCUGCUGCUGUUGCUGCUGUGCCUCCGGCGCCGGAGACGGCAGCCAGCGAAACCGCCGAAGCCUGUUGCUGCGGCACGUGCCGUGCCGGUGGAGGCGGGGACGUCGUCGUCGAAGGAGGAUAUCACCGGGGGUUCUGCGGAGGCGGAGAGGAACAAACUGGUGUUCUUUGAAGGGGGGAUAUACAGUUUCGAUUUGGAGGAUUUGUUGAGGGCUUCGGCGGAGGUGUUGGGAAAGGGCAGCGUGGGGACUUCGUACAAGGCGGUGCUUGAGGAAGGAACGACGGUGGUGGUGAAGAGGCUGAAGGAUGUUGUGGUGUCAAAGAAAGAAUUCGAGAUGCAAAUGGAAGUUCUGGGGAAGAUAAAGCACGAUAAUGUGGUGCCUCUCAGAGCCUUUUACUUCUCCAAGGACGAGAAAUUGCUCGUUUACGAUUACAUGUCUGCCGGCAGCUUGUCUGCUCUCCUUCACGGGAGCAGAGGGUCUGGGAGAACACCGCUGGACUGGGACAGCAGAAUGAAAAUAGCAGUAGGAGCGGCACGGGGGUUGGCAUGCCUCCACGUGGCAGGCAAGGUGGUCCACGGCAACAUAAAAUCUUCCAACAUCCUCCUCCGAGGGCCGGACCACGAUGCCGGCGUUUCGGACUUUGGUCUAAACCCCUUGUUCGGGAACGGAACCCCGUCGACCCGAGUGGCGGGUUACCGGGCACCCGAGGUGGUCGAAACUCGAAAGGUGAGCUUCAAGUCUGACGUGUACAGCUUUGGCGUCUUGCUGUUGGAGCUGCUGACGGGGAAAGCUCCGAACCAAGCGUCGCUUGGGGAAGAGGGCAUCGACCUACCGAGGUGGGUCCAGUCGGUGGUGCGCGAAGAGUGGACCGCGGAGGUGUUCGACGCGGAGCUCAUGAGGUAUCACAACAUCGAGGAAGAGAUGGUACAGCUCUUGCAAAUAGCCAUGGCGUGUGUUGCGGUGGUGCCUGACCAGAGGCCCAGCAUGCAGGAGGUGGUGCGCAUGAUCGAGGACAUCAACCGGGGCGAGACCGACGACGGCUUGCGUCAGUCCUCCGAUGACCCUUCUAAAGGAUCCGAGGGUCACACUCCUCCCCCGGAGUCAAGGACGCCGAGGUCACUCACACCUUAACAAAAGUAAUAAAGGCUUCUUGAUUGAAUGAAAUUCAAAAAGAGGAAAGAAAGGACAGCACAAGGUGGUGGUGGGUCGCUCUUCAAAAAAUAUUGUCAAUUAUGCACUGUGCUUUCUUCCUUCCCUGGCCCCGUUCCUGUCUAUUUUUCCCCCCUCUCAACGUGUUUCAUUUCAUUUUUUUCCCCUAUUUUUCUUUUAUUAUUGAUUUUUACAGGUGGGAUUUUAAAAUUGUUAAUCAAGCUUUGACCUUUUCAUCA